CUAUGAUAACGACGUAAAAUAGCCUAAAUUGUGUUUUGGGUCAUGAUAAAAGCGUGACGAACGGUCUGUAUGUAGGCUAUGUGAUGCUUGGAUUUUGUAGCCUAUAGCAGGUGACAGACGGACAGUAAAUUAUAGGCUACCGCGUAGGCUAUAGGCUAUGUCGUCAUGUUUAUGGUGUGGUGGAACGACUUACUCUCAAUUCUUUGCUAAAGCAUCACUGACUAGUUGAUCAAAUCUAAAAAAUGCAACGAUGGCUCACAAGUGAACACUGUCUAUCAGGUUUUCACGACUGAAUUGGACGCUUUUCUGACUGAUGCUUGGUGGUAUGUGCUGCGUCGGACUCAAGGGGCUGCUGCCACUGCCAUUGAUUGUACAGCGGUGACCAAAAUGGGAGAGCGGUGUUGUGAUCAGAGCGAAGCGGCAUCAAUGGGAAAGAGCAACGGGAUACCAAUCACCAAAUACCUCCGACAAAGACUCAUUGAUAAUGACAAUCACAAUCCCCGUAAAAGGAUUCUUCUGUCCUCGAUGACAACGUAAAGGUAAUAACGUUAGGUAAACCCAGUGGCUGAUCUAAAGAAAAAAGAACAAAAAAAAAAAACGUGUGGACAGAGUAAGAAUCAGAGCCCGAGCGCCACACAUGCAUCUGUCUCCUCACUUGCAGUCCUUGCCGUCAGCAUGCCCACCUUGGAGGCGCCCAGAGAGGGCUUUUCCAACGCCAGCCUGCCCUGGGGCCCGGGCGCCGGGGGCCCGUCGGUGAUCAACAGCACGGUGAAGAUGGUGCUGAUCUCGGCUAUCGUGUGCACGUCGCUCUUCGGCAACGUGGUGGUGCUGCUGGUGUUCCAGCGCAAGCCGCAGCUGCUGCACGUGGCCAACCGCUUCGUGCUCAACCUUCUGCUGGCCGACCUGCUGCAGACGGUGCUGGUCAUGCCCUUCGCCAUCGCGGCGGCCGCCCCGGGGGUCUGGCCUCUGGACGCCCGCCUCUGCCAGGCCCUGGUGGUGCUCAUGCACCUGUUCGCCUUCGCGGGCGUCAACACCAUCAUGGUGGUGUCCGUGGACCGCUACCUGGCCAUCAUCCACCCGCUCUCCUACCCGACGCGCAUGACGCCGCACCUGGGCACCAACCUCAUCGCGCUCACCUGGCUGCUGAGCGUGCUGCAGAGCACGCCGCCGCUCUACGGCUGGGGCGCCAUCGAGUUCGACCGGCACCACAACGCCUGCACGGUGGUGUGGUCCUCCAGCUACUCCUACUCGGCCCUGGUGUCGGCGCUGUCCUUCUGGCUGCCCGUGCUCAUCAUGCUGGGCUGCUACUGGAUGGUGUUCCGGGCCGCCAGGCGCCAGAACGCCCUGGUGCACCCCAUCCAGGCCAACAGCCACCUGCAGCCGCCCGAGUCCACCCAGGCGUCCUGCUCCAGCCCACAGAGAUCCCAGCAGCAGCAGCAGCAGCAGCAGCAGCCCCAGACGCCUCACCCCGACGCGCCCUCGUCCGGCUACCCGACCCGCGCGCGCCACAGACGCUUCCACUACCACUGCAAGGCGGCGCGCGUGGUCUUCGUGAUCAUGGCGUCGUACAUCGUGAGCAUGGGGCCGUACAGCGUGCUGAGCACGGUGGCCAUGUGCUCGCGCCGGCCUGUGCCGCCCUGGCUGGCCUCGCUGGCGCUCAUCCUCUUCUUCCUGCAGUGCUGCCUGCACCCCUACAUCUACGGCUACAUGCACCGCAGCGUGCGCAAGGAGUUCCUGGCGCUGCUCUGCGGCUCGCUCUGCCGGCCCGGCCGGCCGGGGAGGGGCUCGGCUGUCGACAGCUGCUUCACGGUGACGGACGGGCGGCUGGGGCAAGCGGGACCGGCAGGACACCCCAGCCAGACGGCCCGCGUCUGCCCUCUGCGCACCUGGGAGGAGGGCACGGUGUCCUCCUCGCCAACGGAGAGGAGGUCCAGGGACAGCCGCAAGGAGACCACCUCCAUCAGCCUGAGCUCAGAGAAAGAGCUGACCGUCCACAGUAAGUGACCUCAGCAGCACAGGUUGUAAAUGGACCACUGCUGCGAGUCUGUAGAUUAAUAUGAGGCCCGGGGUCAGCUGGGAUAAACAUCCUCUCUGCAGUGUGGACAUGAAACCGUCCAGAUGAUACCAAGGUAAACCCAGGCAUACCUCUAUUGUGAUUCCUGUCCUUAACAUUCUGUUGUCCCCUCCACAGUGCCUGACUGCCAUGUGAUUGUGUUCUGAGGAAUUCUGUUGGGUAUAUGUUUGUGAUGUAUGCAUUCACGUUUUAAGCAUAGCUGAUGUAUAACAAAAAGUGAAACCUUUAUCUUAGCGAGAAGCAAGAAUUACAUUUGAGCAGAUGUUAGCCAACUUAGCAAAUGAAUGUAAAGUGUUGCAGUGUUGUCUUGAUGUAGAGCACCAAGGAGAGGAAUGGCUGUUCAGAUGUUUUGUAUUUCUUUUUGUAGACAUGUCAGUUCACUGUUUUGGAUACGUGUAUGUGUAUAGACUUAUCACCUCUGGCCAUUCAGAUUGAGUCUCGAAGGGGCUGAGAUGAAGGGAAAUGCUGCUCAGAAUGGCAAACUUGGAGAUUUUUAAGGAGUUUUUUUAGUUCUGUACAUGUUGGAUAUUGGUAAAGCAUCGUUUUGAUACUCUGGUAAAGAACAAUGUGGAAGUAGCUGAAACUAUUGACAGUACUGUUGAAAAACACACAUUCCCAAAAGGUCCCAUGAGAAUCUCCUCUCCCAAAGCAAAUCAUUUUAUGAUCUCAUUUCAUUUCACAAACAUAUGGCCAUAUUAUGAAUUGUAAAUCAUGAAGGUUAAUGUUGCGAGCCAUUGGGUUCGUUCCUGGCCAAGGAUGUUAGGAGUUGAGUUGGGAGUAGCCUAUCCUGCACUGGGUUCAAGUGCCUCCUCUAGUAAAACUCUCUGAUGCUGUUUGUGUUAAAACCCUCACCACCUCAACACUGCCAAGUCCAUUGCCAGAGAGGUACUCUGUGAAAAUUGGCAAAGCUCAGUCCAUGUGCCUACCCACUUAUCAGAUGUUCACAGGGAGAAUCUGCCCAGCCUCUGCCCAGCAUGUGGGUUUCAUGAUUGGCCAACUGCUGAGAGCCCCUUUCUUAUUGUCCUCUUUGUCCUUGCCUUCUCUCCCUUUUAGAAACACUAGGACAGAGAGGAGCUCAUACUGUAGGCUCUGCGGACACAGCUAACCUUCAGUGUCCUCAUAAGGUUCCACACGCGGUCUGACCCGUAACAAACUAACUGAACAAAUUACAUUCAUGACACUGUACUCUUCUCCCAGGCUUUGUGACACAACGUUAGAGCUAUGAUUGGAGUUAGAUUAAGUCUGUCGUUCAUGAUUGUGCCAGCUUUCACAGAAAAAGAUGCUGCAGGAAUCCCCAAUGCGCUGUAAUCUGUGGCUGAAGUUUCAACAUUGUCUAGCUGAAGAAUUCACUUCCUAAACCACAGUAAUAGCAAGCACUCGCAGAAUGCACAGAAUUUGAUAAACACACCUGCAAAGGUUAUAUCUGUACAUUACUGACAAUCAGCAGGUCACAGAUACAAAAACACAGGACUGCUUAUUUAUUGCUGUGUUUUUGUGAGAUAAUGAAGACAGUUGACUAGUUUUGUGUGAUAACUGUACGAGGCUGUGUGCUCACCGUGAGAGUAUUUACACUAUGUGUUUAGGAGUCUAUGGAAGAAUAAGUCAGGUUUCAGUCUAUGCCCAACCAGUAACUUGAAUGUUUGAAAAUAUUUUUGAAUAUUACAAUUCAAUCUCCCCAAUGAUUUCAAAGGUUAACACCAAUUUUGACUUUAUUAAUAAAUAUAUUAUUUGUGUUUCAUUGAUGAUGGUGUGGAACUGUUUUUAUGCUGAAAUAAGAAACUAUUAAAUCACACCAUGAAUGAA